AUGUUUGGAAAUCAACCACUCAAGCACGAAUCAUCCUCACAUGGCAUAAAGCGAUCGUUUGAGGUGGCCAACUCAAGCACUGUCUCGCGCGAUAACAUGGCUAUGGUGGAAAGAAACAGAGUGAAAGAGACUCUUAAGCUGUUUCAGGAUCUGUACAACAAACUGGUUCAUGAAUGCAAGGGAAAUCCAAAACAAGAAGGCCACUGCACGAAAAGAUUUGACAUGGAGGCUGCCAACUGCCUGAAAAAGGGAGGGAAAUGGAUACUUCCGGCUAAUCCUUUUGGGAAUAUUCCCGGAAUUAAAACUGGAGAUAAAUUCCAUUACCGGGCAGAAUUGGUCAUCGUGGGCCUGCACCUUCAGUAUAUCGCCGGCAUAGCCUAUGUGACCCUCAACGGCAAAAAAAUCGCCACCAGCGUGGUCAACUCGGGUCGAUAUGAAAAUGAGGCUAAAACGGAAGAUGUCUUGAUAUACUCAGGCCAGGGUGGCAGCACGAAACUGGGAUCGAGUGUGAGUUCCGAUCAGGAACUGAAGCUCGGAAACCUUGCUCUGGUGAACAGCAAGGAAGUUAAGUAUCCGGUUAGGGUCAUCCAGAAGGUCACACGUGUAAAUCGGGAUGUUGAGUUUGUGUAUGAUGGGCUGUAUGUGGUGAAUAAAUAUUGGCAGGAAAGGGGACACAAUCGAAAAUUGGUGUUCAAAUUCGAGCUUCAUAGGUUGACGAAUCAAGAAAAAGUGUGUAACAUGAAUGGUGGGGGGCUGAAAAAGAAAUUGAGGGGCAGGGAGUGUUGUGUGGUGCAUGACAUAUCUCAAGGGAAGGAGAAAAUGGCUGUGAGGGCCAUGAACGGGCUGGAUGGCGAGAAGCCCAAAAAUUUUGGUUAUGCCACUGAAAACAUGUAUCCUGAAUGGUUCUUGAAAAUCGGGCGUGGUGGGUGUGAUUGUACUGAUGGCUGCUCGAAUUUGGGCCAGUGUGGAUGUGUGUUGAGGAAUGGAGGGGAGAUUGCAUACAAUGAAAAGGGUGGUCUUGUGAAGCAAAAGGGUGUAAUUUACGAGUGUGGUCCAUCUUGUAAGUGCCCUCCUUCAUGCAUGAAUAGAGUCAGCCAGCUUGGUCCACGGUAUCAAUUGGAGGUUUACAAGACCGAGUCAAGAGGGUGGCAUGUGAGGUCUCGAAGCUUCAUAUCAUCCGGAAACUUUGUCUGUGAAUUUGUAGGAAAACUGAUUCAUCAGGACAAGGAAACUAGUAAAGUUGCUGGUGGAUUACCGAGCUUUCUGAUUUCAAAAUCCCGAAAUAGUAAUGAGGGCCGAUCCGAUGAAAGUGAGACUAGGUUCCUUAUUGAUGCUUCCACAGUUGGAAAUGUAGCGAGAUUCAUUAGCUACAGCAGCUCGCCAAACCUUGUCGUGCAGCGUGUGCUUUAUGAUCAUGACGAUGAAAGGAUGCCUCAUGUGAUGUUUUUUGCUGCCAAGAGCAUUCCUCCUUUGCACGAGAUAACUUGUGAUUAUGAUCAGAAGUUGACGAUGGACUGA